AAACGGACUAAACACUAAAAUCCCAAACUCAGAUUACAAAACCAACAGUGAAACCCAGGAAAGAAUCAAAACAAGCAGCCAACUUUUUUGUUUCAUAAACAUAAGUAUUACAACGAAUAUUGUGCAGUUUUGGUGAAUGAAAGAGAAAAAAGUGGUGCAGAAUAUGCAUAAGAAGAAAAAGUCAUGGAGGAAGAAAUUGGCGAUUCUUCGAAAGUUGAUAACUUGUGCCAUAGGUGUAAUUGCUUUUGUUGCUUUGCUAUCCGUACAUGUUCAUGUUCCUUCAACUGAUAUCACCAAGUUCCAUGACAAACUUCCUAAGCACCAUGAGUUUUCGUACCAAAAAUUGAGCAGAGAGCGAAGCUUGACUGAAGAAUUUUCCCCGCCCCAUUUGUCGAAAGCUCCUGUUACUGCCAGCAAGUUGGAUGGUGCUAGUUGGAAUUGGACUUUGGAGAAUUUAUGGAAACCGCCCCCAAAAAAAGACUACGUUCAUUGUGUUGCACCAAGUUCAUUGUAUACAUCUCCUCCAGAGUCUCGAGGCUACCUGCUCGUUCAUACAAAUGGCGGACUCAAUCAGAUGAGAGCGGGGAUAUGUGACAUGGUUGCUGUUGCUCGUAUCAUAAAUGCUACUCUUGUAAUCCCUGAGCUUGAUAAACGCUCGCUUUGGAAGGAUUCUAGCAAAUUCUCUGAUGUGUUUGAUGAAGAUCAUUUCAUUAAUUCGUUGGCAAAUGAUGUAAGAAUUGUCAAAAAGCUACCGAAGGAACUCGUGUCUGCUACUCGAGUUGUUAAGCAUUUCAGAAGUUGGUCCGGUAUAGAUUACUAUGAGAAGGAGAUAGCUAGCAUGUGGGACGAAUACCAGGUGAUUCGAGCAGCCAAGUCUGACUCAAGGUUGGCAAAUAAUAACCUGCCUCCUGAUGUUCAGAAGUUGCGUUGCCGUGCUUGCUAUCAAGCCCUCCGAUUUGCUCCCCCAAUUGAAGCGAUGGGAAAGUUGUUGGCUGAUCGAAUGCGAUCCUAUGGUCCAUACAUUGCUUUACAUUUGCGCUACGAAAAAGACAUGCUUGCCUUUAGUGGAUGCACACAUGAUCUAUCCCCAGAAGAAGCUGAAGAACUAAGGGCAAUCAGGGAAGGCAUCCCAUGGUGGAAAGUGAAAGACAUUGACUCUGUACAACAGAGAUCCAAGGGCUAUUGUCCACUAACUCCAAAGGAGGUCGGGCUGUUCCUUUCUGCUCUUGGAUUCACAUCGAACACCCUGAUUUAUAUUGCUGCAGGAGAGAUAUAUGGGGGUGAUUCCCAUAUGUCUGAUUUACUGUCGCGCUAUCCCUUAUUAUUAAACAAGGAAAAGCUGGCAUCUGAAGAGGAACUUGAACCAUUCAGAAAGCAUGCAUCUCAAUUGGCUGCAAUAGAUUAUAUUGUGUCAGUUGAGAGUGAAAUAUUCAUUCCUUCCUACUCCGGAAACAUGGCAAGAGCAGUUGAGGGACAUCGUCGGUUUCUUGGGCACAGAAAAACAAUAUCUCCUGAUAGGAAAGCUCUUGUCCGGCUUUUCAACAAAAUUGAGCUGGGUACGAUGAAAGAGGGGCCAAAGCUUUCAAAUCGUGUUAUCGAUAUUCACAGAGGAAGGCAAGGAUCGCCUAGGAAGAGAAAAGGACCGGUUUCAGGAACAAAGGGAAUGGAUAGGUUCCGUUCAGAGGAGGCAUUUUAUGUAAAUCCUUUACCAGAUUGUUUAUGUCAAAAGAAGUUGUCAUACACAAAGGAUUCUCAUGCUAUCGUAUAGUCCAGAUGAAGCACCAAAUCAUAUUCUUUUUCUGGAGAAAACAGCCCGAACUUGAUUGAAGCUGGACCAGGCAUCAGCAAUACAGCUGAUAUGUGUGCUGGAUGUAUAUAUACACGACGAGAAUUAGAUUAUUUUCUUUAUUUUCAGGUUUUAGAUGAUAAAAGAGUAUAGUAUUUCCAUUAAGUUGAGGCUUUCCAUGCAUGGGAAGUUGAUCAAAUUGAAAGAAUAAGCUGUCUCAUAGUUUGCGUGGGAGGAGGGACUCAAGUACAAGGGUGCACUUGUAUAAUAUCUUUUUGUCCAUUCUUGGACUUGUCAAUAAAAGAAUCGUACUCCCUCUUAUUCAA